AUGAUAAAUGAUCCAAAAUCGCAGCAUUAUAUCACAUGGACAGAGCAUGGUACAAGCUUCGUGGUAUCCAAUGUCGGCGAAUUUAGUCGCAGCAUACUAGGAUCACAUUUCAAACACAAUAACUUCUCGUCUUUCGUCCGACAGUUGAACAUGUACGGGUUUCACAAAAUAAAUAGGACACCACGUGCCCAACGCACAUCCACGAGCUCCCAGACAUGGGAGUUUUCACACCCCAAGUUUCUUCGAGAGCGACCGGACCUUCUAGAUGCGAUCAAGCGAAAGGCGUUGGAGCCCGAUCCGAGGGAGAGGGGUCGGUAA